AUGUCGUCGCAAAUCAUGGACGUGUACAUGCAGACGCCGCCAAUGGCUAGGACAUUGGCGACGGCCAUCUUUGUUACGUCCAUCUUUGCCCACUUCGGAGUUCUGCCCUACGCAUGGCUCUACUUCACCGAGGACAGACUCUUCCACCUGCCGCCUGAGAUAUGGCGGCUCGUCACGAGCUUCCUCCUGAGCUCUCCCCAGUUCGGCAUCAUCCUCGACCCGUACUUUGUAUACACAUACGUCAGCCACUUGGAGACAUCGAAUCCAAAGUUCCCGAGGAAAGAAGAUGCGCUCUGGUACCUGAUUACAGUCGGCGGCAUAAUUAUUACUGUCAACCGGCUCUUCCUCGGGAAUGCGUUCUUCCUGCAGGGUCUGACAAUGGCUCUUUGCUACACGGCUACGCAAGACCAGCGGGGCGCCAAGGCGGGCUUUCUGUUCUUCACGGUUCCGGCCCAGCUGAUGCCAUAUUGCAUGCUGCUUUAUUCACUGCUCAUGAACCCCAUGGCCAUCCCGCUCCAGCUCAGUGGUCUAUUCGCAGCACAUUUGCACGACUUCCUGACGCGCAUCUGGCCCGAAUUUGGUGGUGGCCCGAACCUGCUGUCGACGCCAGCCUUUGUGUCGAAGCUCGUCACAACCCCGAGGUUUUUGCAGCGCGAGUAUGGCACUGCCAUCCGCCCGCAGAGCUCUAACCAGCCGUCGGGCGGUGCCAGAGGUGCGUCGACUGGCUCGGUACUUCCUGACUCGUGGAAGACGAGAGGGUCUGGGCAUCGUCUUGGAUGA